AUGUCAACCAAACCAGCAACAACAACAACAACAACAACAACAACAAAAGUUACAAAAAAUAAACGAAAAAGUACAACACUACGACGUAUCCUUAAUGCCAAAUUUCCAAAGGAAAUAACAUCAUUAGCAUAUGACUCGAACGAAUUGUUUGCUAUGCUGCUCGAGAAAUAUGGUAGUUACAGUAGCCGAAAUGAAGAAAAUGACAACAAAGAAAGACAAAUAGAUGAUGAACAACACCGUUCAACAACCAAUUCACUAGGAUCCAUUCGUUGUGACAACAGCAUGUGUAUCGCUCGACCAUCAUCUCCAUUACUUCUGGAAAUUGACGAGGACACUGAUAUUACUUAUAUUGUUAUCGAUUAG